AGUUGUUUCCCUCGCUCUCUCCCUCGCUCUCUCCCUCUGGCAAGUGGAGUUUUUAAAAAGCUCGAGCAGAUCAUGUCAUGACGACUUCGCUGCUCCUGCACCCGCGCUGGCCGGAGAGCCUUAUGUACGUCUAUGAGGACAGUUCGGCUGAGAGCAGUGGAGGAGGAGGCGGCGCCGGCGGCGGAGGAGGCGAGGGAGGCGGAGGAGGCGGCGGCGGCGGCUGCGGAGGAGGAGGCGGCGGCGGAGGAGGGGGGGGGAGCUGCAGCGGAGCCAGCCCCGGCAAAGCCCCGAUCAUGGACGGACUGGGCGGCAGCUGUCCCUCCAGCCACUGCCGGGACCUGCUCACCCACCCGGUUCUGGGCCGGCCUCCGGCUCCCCUGGGCGCUCCGCAGGGCGCCGUCUACACGGACAUCCCCGCCCCAGAGGCGGCCCGCCAAUGCCCGCCGCCGCCGGCGCCCCCCACCUCGUCCAGCGCUACCCUAGGCUACGGCUACCCGUUCGGGGGCAGCUACUACGGCUGCCGCCUAUCCCACAACGUGAACUUGCAGCAGAAGCCCUGCGCCUACCACCCCGGGGACAAGUAUCCCGAGCCGUCGGGGGCUUUGCCAGGAGAUGAUUUAUCCUCCAGGGCCAAGGAGUUCGCCUUUUACCCCAGCUUUGCCAGCUCCUACCAAGCGAUGCCCGGCUACUUGGACGUGUCCGUGGUGCCGGGCAUCAGCGGUCACCCCGAGCCCCGCCACGACGCCCUCAUCCCCGUCGAGGGUUACCAGCAUUGGGCGCUCUCCAACGGCUGGGACAGUCAGGUGUAUUGCUCCAAAGAGCAGUCGCAGUCAGCCCACCUCUGGAAGUCUCCUUUUCCAGAUGUAGUCCCCCUGCAGCCUGAGGUCAGCAGCUACCGAAGGGGCCGAAAGAAGCGAGUGCCCUACACCAAGGUUCAGCUGAAGGAACUCGAGAAGGAGUACGCAGCCAGCAAGUUCAUUACCAAAGAGAAGAGGCGGCGGAUCUCAGCCACCACCAACCUCUCAGAACGCCAGGUCACCAUCUGGUUCCAAAACCGUCGAGUCAAAGAGAAGAAGGUGGUCAGCAAAGCUAAGGCACCCCAUCUCCACUCUACCUGACCUUGGAGCCCUGAGCCCCACCCCCCCCGUGCCUCCCUACCUAUUUAUAUCCUACUUUGUACCAUAAAAGGAGCCCACCGAUGGACACUUUGCCAGUGAAUCGAUUAUUUAAUAUUAAUACUAAUAAAUAAUAUUAAUGUGGAGAAAGAGGGGGAAGAGGGAAGGAAAAAAGGAAGGAAGGAAGGAAGGAAGGAAGGAAGGAAGGAAAGACUUUGGUAGUGGGUGUGGAGAGGGUAUAUACACAUCCCCCUUUCCCCACCCCACUACUGUUCCAGGUGGAAAGUAGAGCUUUGGAUCCAGAAAUAUUUGGUCUCAUAUAGGGGCUGGAUUCCUAGUCAGUGGCUGGGGAGAAGUUUAGGUACAACCUUCAGGAAGAAGGUCGAGCCUCCAUCGUCCUCUUCCUCAUCGUAUCUUCCUUCCCAGCCACUCACACGUUGACCCUCACUUCCAGACCUCAGCAAAAGAUGUGGAAGGUAGAGAUGAAGUUUAGUAUCAUUCCAGUAGAAUCCAGAUUUUUGACUCUGCCCCCGGUAUUGCUGGGAGCAAUAUGAACUCCCCCUAAUGAAGUCUUGUGGGGUAGGAUGUAGAGGGCUAACUUUUCCCUCUCAGAUCUUCACCACUUCCUGUUGGGCAAUUGUUUAGAAAGGUAUCCCAAUAAGUUGUGUAUAUAUUUUAAAAGUCAUAUUAAUAUUAAUAAUAAUUAUGUUUUGGCCUGGGAGUUAGGGGGAGUCCAAGACCCAGUGCCUGGGCCUGCCUUUUGUAUCUCUACUAUAUUGUUCCUUCCCAAGUUUUAAUCCUCACCCCUUGUAGCCUUGUCCUGCUUCUGUGGCUCCCCCAAAAGUCCUAAUCUGGAGGACCUUCAGAUGUCAAGGCCCCAGUCCUGGAUCACCCCAGAAAGCUCUUGUCCUGAGCCUGUGUCGGGCUCUUCCCACCACAUCUCUCCUCACUCUACUAGAAGUCCAAGAAAGACACAAAGGUAACCAAGCUGCUAACAUGUUUGUUUUUUACUGAAAAUGAGGAGGGAGCUAGGAAUCCAUUUUAUUUUAAGGGGAGAAAACCCCACAAAUUUCACUUAAAAAUGAACAGGAGAGAAUCUCACACACCAGAAGUUUCCUUUCGUCUUUGCCUAGACUUCAGACUGCUUCCACACAAAGAGAACCAUUUCUGAUCCAAAUCGUUUUGGCCCCCAACACUUUACUUGACCUCCUCCAGGAUCCAGAUUCUUCAAGCAAAAUCAGUUUUCUUGGAGGGGCCUGAACUAAUCCUGCUUUCUGGGGCAAAGUAGAUAUGUCUUAAUAGUUCCUUCCAUGAUGAUCAGUUCUGGGCUAUUGGGGUUCCAGGCUUUUUCCCAGUUCUCUCCCACCCUCCACUAGCACCUCACAAAACAGUGUUUUUUGGAAAAUGUCACUCGAAAAUCUCUCUCUCUCUCUCUCUCUUUUUUAAUGUCUUGUAUCUGUAUAUAGUAUCGUGGUGUCUGAAUGACAAUGUACUGAAUGCAAAAAGAAAAAAAUAACA